UAUUUUUUGUUGCAGACGACAGUGCAGGCUAAUAUUUUGUACGAAGCUAAUUUGGUCAGAAAACUUGGAUUUAAAUCGUCCUAAGAACUGUAUUAUCUACAGUUAUCUGUCCCACAGACAUCAUCAUGGCACCAGGAAGCAAGAUAAAUCGGCCCAAAAUCGAAAAACUGAAGAACCCGCGGAAGUUUAAGAGACAGCUGAAGGCCCAGCGGAAAAGACAGUUUGGAGUAAAGAUGGCAGAUGUACAGGACAAGGAGAUCAUGCCAGCAUCACAUCUACUGAAGAGAAGAACAUGUCCUAAAGCUAACAUCACAUUGUCUGGCAAGAAGAAGAGGAAGAUUCUGAAACAGCUCCGAAGAUCGCAGAAAGAGAAGGAAGGAAUGGAAUUUGAAGUCCUGAAGCCCCAACCAAAGCAGAGAAAAACAAAGUCUGAUGUAGAAAUGAAGACAGCGGACAUUCCUCAAGACACAAGACAAGAUCCUGAACAAGAUGUUGAGAUGGUGGAAUAGCUUUAUUUAUAUUAUUUCCUUCCAAAUUCUCCAAAGUCUACAAGUCAUGCCAAAAGAACUGUACACAUGUUCAAAAGCAUAAAAGAUCUGUUGAAAUUCAGUUAUAUAUGAACCAUGUAACACCUUUAGUGGCCGCUAUGCACCAAGUAACAUCUAGCGUCAGUGCACAGUAAACCAGUCAGAAUUGCCCUGAUGAAGAU